AUUUGCAACACUGCAGGGAGUCCGAGGUUGUUGUACUAAUGUUCUUCUUGCAAACGAGAAGCCAGCCGCACACAUUUCAUGACAUUCCAAUCUUUGACUUCCGAGAUAUUUCUUGGCUCUCGGCGCAAAGUGCCUGUUUCCCUUGUGAAGAACAUUCGAAGCUAUGCUUAGAGCGAUGCUGCGCUUGGCAGUCUUGCUCCUUUGCGGGCUUAAAGGGUUGGGCUCUGAGCUUUGCCUUGACGAUGGUGUGCCAGAAAGCCAGCGGACGUACAUCCAGGAUGAAGCGGGCAAUGAUAUUCCAAUCGGGGUCUUUCAGAGCAAUUGGGCCUCGUCUUGGCUUCUCAACAAGUUGACGGAAAUGCUGGUUCAAGAAGUCAUGGGCUACCAUGCCACCCUCGAUACGCGCAUGGGUGCCAAUGGGGCGUCUUGCUUCUACGCUUUGCCAGGAUGUCUCGACUUUGACAACAAAAUCGUGGCCGAAAAGCAGUGUGGAAUUACUGAGACGACGCUCCACAUCAGCGUGGACUCUUGGGUCGGCAGCUAUGCUUCGGCCAUGGACCAAUUUAACAAGGCAUACCCCAGAAUUGCAUCAGAAGACUUGGGCAGCAUGGGCUAUGCUGGUGAGGAGUCCAUGUACGUGAGCCAGGCCAUCCUGAACAGUGCUUAUGCUGAUUCUGGUCUUGCUCUCGACUUCUACAAGAGCUACAACACGACACAUCACAACCCGAGGAAGUACUUUGAUUCCAUUCACGAUGUGGAUUUGUUGGAGCUGGAAAUGUGCAAUGAGACGGACAUGAGUAACCCAAGUCGAAUGGGAGACUAUGCCAAGUACUCUGGGGACUACGACGGGGUAGUGAGCCAGCCAGAUGGUACCUAUAUCGCCAAGUGCACAAACAAUCGUUGGUGGUAUGCCCCCGCUUGCAGGCAAAACUCCUCUCAGUGCAUCCCUCUCUUCACGUCAGGCAAUGGUUGGAAAUUGCAAGCGUUGAUGCAGUGGUCCACCGCCUACGGCAUGCCAACAGCCGUCGGACUCUCCAAAGGCUACGGAACGUGGAUCCAACAUGUGCAGAAUCAUCGGGCCUUGCACUACUGGUGGGUUCCAGAUUCCACUUUCAUCGACAUGUUGCCAGAGCCUCUGACUUUUGCGCGUCACAGUGCAACUGAGUGGUGGGACGGAGAUAAGAAGACGGGUGCCAAAGGAAGCUACGUGUCCAAAUUGGUGAGUCACAACUUGCAAGCGAAGGCAGGCAGGGUCCGUGAGUUUGUGUCCAACAUGAACUUUGAGCUUCCAGAGGUGCAAAAUCUCCUUCUGGAGCUCCAGCAAGCAGGGUCCACCUACAACGUCUCGUGCAAAUGGAUGAAGGAGAAUCGAGACAGGUGGAUGAAAUGGAAACCGGUGGAGACUGCUUGCUAUGAAGGCUUCGGCUUGGUGGAUGCUUCCGGGGCUUUUGUCUCCAGCAGAGCAGAUGCUGUCGGAUGUGGGCUUUGCCAAGCAGGAUCUGCAUCUGAGGAGCUCAUUGAUGAUCAGGGCAGGACUUUCCAAUGCAAGCUUUGUGCUCCAGGAUACAGCCAAGCCAACACCUACUCCACCCAAUGUGAGCCGUGUCCAAAGGGCACAUCAGCAAGCUCGUCUGGGAGCACACAAUGUACACCCUGUGAUGAAGGUUUUUACCAACCAGACACAGCGCAAACCUCAUGUAUCUCAUGUGGUGGUUCCCGAACAACGCUCUUGCUGGGUGCAGGAUCUUUGACAGACUGUGUUUGUGAGGCAGGGACAAUCGAAUCGCAAUCCGUUUGUGUGGCUUGCCAUGAGGAAAGCAUGCAUUGUCCAAAAGGUAGCACAGUCGACAAGCUUGUGGCAGCUGGGGGAAUUGCGGACUUGAAGAAUCCCUUUGUGAAGAAGGGCUACUUCGGCAAUCCGCUCGCCCCUCUUGACACCUACAAGUGUGCGGGGGAACUCGUUUGCCCAGGUGGUGCUCCAGGCGAAUGCUUUGGAGACCGAGAAGGUCUCACAUGUGGAGAUUGCAAAGAGGGGCACUAUUGGGCUUCAGACCAAUGCCAGCCCUGCGGGGCAGUGUCAGUUGCAUGGGCUUUCUGUGUGAUCAUGAUUGUGAUUGGAGUGUGUGGCUCAUAUUACAUGCUGACUAGCAGCUAUACGGCGAAGGCCAGUGUGAUGAUGUCCACCACGGCUGCUUUGGGAAUGUUGAUCGCCUUGUUUCAAAACCUUGGCGUUUUGAACACAGUUGCUGUUGAAUGGCCAGCCGGCUUACGAGACCUCCUGAACUUUGCUUCAGUCUUCACCUUCAACCUUGAUGCUCUUGGCUUGAGUUGUGCUGCAGGCGGCAACGUGGCGCGAUAUGUCAGCACGGCGUCCUUCUUUUGGAUCGUUGCUGUGGCCUUGCCCACCGUGGGCUUGCUGACGAACUUCAUUCCGAUUAUGAAGCGCCGGUCUCUCGCAUGGGAGAAGAACAAGACCAUCAGUACCACUGGCCAAUUCUUGCAGGUGGGUUUCACCACGAUGUGCAAUGUGGGGCUCAUGCUCUUCAUGUGCUACCGACACCCAACCAGUGCAGAGAGCAUCUUGAAAUACCCCAACGUUUUUUGCGGUACUGAGGAGCACAUCAUCAUGCGCAUCUUUGGUGGCUUGGUGCUGUUCUUGGCGUUCAGCUUCUUUGCGGCGGCCUGCUACGCGGCCUACCAAGCGCCACGCUGGUCCGGCAAGCCCAGGCUGGCAGCGAUUCGCUUCUUGAUCUUCCGCUUCAGGCCCAACGUGUGGUAUUUUGGCUUGGUCCUCUUGGCCCGAGGACCUUUGUUGUCGAUGCCAGGAGUCAUUGCAACGAACAUGCCCAGCUUGCAACUCACCUUGAUGCACAUGAUUCUCCUUGGAUCUUUGUGCCUUCAGCUGUGGUUCCUUCCUUGGAAGUCUCCAGUCCUCAACUUGGUGGAUGGUUUGUCAGUGUCGCUGCUCGUCAUGCUGUUGGCAGGGUCACUUGGAUAUGCCGACAACAGUGGGGAGGAUGCUGCACGUGUUCUGGCACUCUUCGGCACGGUGAUCUCAUCCUUGAUGGUCGUCAUCCUGGCGGGAAUGGUCAUGCUCGGCCUCUGUGCGCUUUGCUAUCGCUCGGCCUUGGGGAGCUCCAAGGAACUACGCAUCAUGAACCUUGGGAAGGUGCCAGAGGAGAAAGAUGUCUUUCAAAGCCUGUUGGACGUGGCCACAUUCCUGAAGGAGGAUGGACAUGGCAAAGAGCAGAAUUUCAUCUCUGACCUUGGCAAGCUCUCGGUCUAUGACCUGGGCACCGUGAUGCGCGCCAUCAACAUCUUGGCGGAUGACUUGAACAUGGCCGUGGGCGAUGGGACGCGCCGCAGCUCCAGCCGCCGAAUUGCCACAGGACAACGGACCACCAGGAGCCAAACCAGCUUCGGCGCGGCGGAGCUGCAGAAGCCGGGUGCCGACAGGGAGAGCGCCUUGGUACCCACAGGCGCAGCCGCGGCGGAGCAAGAGAACAAGCAGUCCGCCGUGGUGUGAGACCUGGCCAAAAUGCCCCAGGUCUUUUGGGUCCGGAAGGGUUAAUGUUUGCUUCCAAGAGGGUGGCUCUCAGCUCCCAACUCGUGUGCUGGGAUGAGUGUGGAAUCAGAGGAAUCAGACGCAUCCGGUGAAUUUCUGCAUACAAGGAUGUACACUGUACGAGCUUCCAGAUUUUGAGCCAGACGCAGAUGAGUUUUUGUUCAAUUAAUGCUUUGUGGAAAACCCAAUGCACAUGUUUACGAGUUGGGGCCACCUCACGAAGACUUUAGUCACGCGAGUUCACGCGCCUAAUUCAAACGGCGAGUCCGCGUGCCAUGCUCUGGUAGUUUGGCCUCGGAGCAUUCAAAUUCUUUUGCCAAACAACGUAUCUGUGAUUGAAAUCCACAGAGGGUGGAGCCGUCGCACAGAUCGAACGCCAUCUGCUUGCGGGUGCCUGCCCAUGCCCACGUGGGAACUCUUUUGAGGGUUUCUGGUGGAUCUUGGUGCUUGUCAGUUUGCAGCUCCAGUUUCAUGCAGACCAGCGCUGAGACUACCAGACUGGCGCCUGGCGCAGCAAAAAGA